AUGUCUUCGAUUCUUCGCGCUUCGCGACGUCUUUUGGGUAGUAGCCUUAGCAGCAGCAACAGCAGUAGCGCUCUUUCUGGAUGUGGGAGUAGAUUCGCAGCAGUCGUGGGAAAGGGAGGAGAACGCUCGAUCGCGACCACGACAAAAAUAAACGCAGGCAUGGGGUCGCCAACAGGGACUGCGCCUGCCCCAACAGAGCCUUUAGAGGAAGAGCACGAACUGAUCUGGGAUGCGGGAGAUAAGCACCCAGAAACUGCGCUGGACAAUUUACCCGCGAAGAUAGUUGGAAAAUACGAAGCUUUGGGUAUGCUCGUCGGUGCUUUGUGCUUCAUGGGUGGAGUGUACACUUUUGCCGGCUACUACGAUAAAGCAGCGUCUCGACCCUUCGUCGAACGCGACAUGGAGAAGAGCUUAAAGAAAGAGUUAGGCGGGCGGUAA